UCUACAUGCAUUUCUCAAUUUUAUUUUCGAGGUAACAUUUUUCCGGUAAUAGUUGAAGUCUCGGUCCGUACACAAGGAACCAACUAACUACGAUUUUAGAAUGCCAAUAGAAAGUAGCGACUUGUAUGUUUUCUGUAAUAAAAGCGGGAUAAAGGUUGAUGAACUAUAUCGUCAUUCUUGCAACAUUUUUAUUUAAGCAUUCAGGUCACCGUAGAUCGAACCACCGGUACAGUUCUCCGGCACCGAAUAACUGUCUGAAAUACAGUAGUCGCCGCGAAAAUUUCUGGCAAUUCCACUGAAAAUAUGAGCUGACGAUCCAUCUUCCGCAAAAAUUCCGGCUGAGAUUCGUUUCCUGUUGAUUCAAGCUCCGGAUUUCAGUUUCUCCGUUAGACGAAACUCAUAAAUGGACAUACUGUUUGCUCAGAUCCAAGCGGAUCUCCGGUCCAACGACGCGCUCCGGCAAUCCGGCGCAUUACUGCAGGCGCUGCAACAAUCCGCCGCCGGACGGGAUAUCUCCGUCAUCGCGAAAUCCGCCGUUGAGGAGAUAGUUGCUUCCCCGGCUUCCGCCGUCUCAAAGAAACUCGCCUUCGACCUCAUCCGCUCGACCCGCCUCACGGCUGAUCUGUGGGAAACCGUGUGCACAGGCAUCCGUAACGAUCUCGAUUUCCCGGAUCCUGACGUCACUGCGGCUGCCAUAUCAAUCCUGGCCGCCAUUCCCUCCUACCGCCUUGGCAAACUCAUUAAUGACUGCAACAAAGAAAUCUCCGCCUGCUUCGAUUCGGUUAGUGAUAAUCUCCGGUUCUCGAUAACCGAAACCCUAGGCUGCAUCCUUGCGCGAGACGAUCUCGUGACAUUGUGCGAAAACAACAUCAACUUGCUCGAUCGUAUCUCCAAUUGGUGGACCCGUAUCGCUCAUAACAUGCUUGAUAAAUCCGAUGCAGUUUCGACGGUCGCAUUUGAAUCCAUAGGCAAACUUUUUCAGGAAUUUGAAACGAAAAGGAUGAGUCGGCUAGCUGGGGACAAGUUAAUCGAUACUGAGAACUCAGUUGCAGUCCGAUCAAAAUGGGUUUCAUCAAUGGUUGAUUUUGUUUGGAAGAAGCGAAAUGCAUUGAUGUCGCGGUCAUUAAUUCUACCCGUAGAAAGUUUUAGAGCUACAAUUUUCCCGUUGGUUUAUGCAGUUAAGGCAAUGGCUUCAGGUUCAAUAGAGUCAAUCAAGAAGCUAUCGUGGUCCACAAAUAGUAGAAAUAAUACGGCGACUGAUAUCAGUAAUACUGAGAGCUUUGUAGGAGUGUCCGAUGUGGUGUCACAUUUAGCUCCAUUUCUGGUGUCUUCAUUGGACCCUGCUCUGAUAUUUGAAGUGGGGAUUAAUAUGCUAUACUUGGCCGAUGUUCCCGGAGGGAAGCCUGAGUGGGCCUCUAUAUCCAUUAUAGCAGUUCUCACACUUUGGGAUAGACAGGAAUAUUCUUCUGCACGUGAGAGCAUAGUCAGAGCUGUUGUUACUAAUCUGCAUCUCCUUGACCUUAGUAUGCAGGUGUCAUUGUUUAAAAAGCUGCUUCAUAUGGUGAGGAACUUGAGGGCGGAAUCAGACCGAAUGCAUGCUUUGGCGUGCAUCUGUCGAACUGCUCUCUGUGUUGAUCUUUUCUCGAAGGAGAGUGUUCGUCGAGGUCAAAAGCCAGUUUCAGGUACUGAUAUAGCUUCCCUAUUUGAAGAUGCGAGAAUAAAGGAUGACCUCAACAGUGUCACCAGUAAGAGCUUGUUUAGAGAAGAAUUAGUGGCAAUGUUGGUGGAGAGCUGUUUUCAGUUGUCCUUGCCGUUGCCUGAACAGAAGAGUUCAGGUAUGGAAAGCAGGGUGAUUGGAGCCUUAGCCUAUGGCACCGGUUAUGGUGCUUUGAAUUGGACAGAACCAGCGUUGGAAGUGGUGGAAGUGUGUAGACCAUGUGUUAAAUGGGAUUGUGAAGGUCGGACAUAUGCCAUUGAUUGUUAUCUGAAGUUGCUUGUUAGACUUUGCCACAUUUAUGAUACACGAGGGGGUGUCAAAAGAGUUAAAGACGGGGCUUCUCAAGAUCAGAUAUUGAACGAAACAAGAUUGCAAAAUCUUCAGCGGGAACUUGUCAAGGAUCUUCUCGAGGUUAGCACCCCUAGAAUUAGUGCCCGUCUUCUCUGGGCUAUUUCAGAGCACAUUAAUUUGGAGGGGUUGGACCCCCUUCUUGCUGAUGACCCUGAUGAUCCGUUAAAUAUAAUUAUAUCAAAUAUCCAUAAAGUUCUAUUCAACAUUGACUCAGCCGCUAACACUACAAAUAGGCUUCAAGAUGUUCAAGCAGUUCUUUUAUGCGCACAACGGCUGGGAUCACGUAAUGCUAGGGCUGGGCAGUUGCUGAUUAAAGAGCUUGAAGAAUUUAGGAGCAAUCCCUCUGCUGAUUCAGUCAACAAACACCAGAGCCGUUUAAUACUACAGAGAAUUAAAUAUGUUGCUAGUCAUCCAGAUGAUAAAUGGGCUGGGGUUAGUGAGACCACCGGAGACUACCCAUUUAGCCACCACAAGCUAACAGUUCAGUUCUAUGAUGCAUCUGCUGCUCAGGACCGAAAACUAGAAGGGUUGAUUCAUAAAGCAAUCUUGGAACUGUGGAGACCAGAUCCCAAUGAAUUAACUCAAUUGUUGACGAAAGGGGUUGACUCAAGUUUGAUCAAGAUCCCUCCAAGUGCAUUGACUUUGAGUGGUAGUAGUGAUCCUUGCUAUGUUGAAGGGUAUCACUUGACCGAUCCAAAUGAUGGAAGGAUUACUCUGCAUUUGAAGGUUUUGAAUCUUACAGAGAUUGAAUUAAAUCGAGUGGACAUCCGAGUUGGUUUAUCUGGUGGGUUAUACUUCAUGGAUGGGUCACCUCAAGCAGUGCGCCAGUUGCGUGAUCUUAAUUCACAGGAACCAAUUCCGUGCAGUGUGACAGUUGGUGUUUCCCAUUUCGAGCGGUGUGCCCUUUGGGUCCAAGUUCUUUACCACCCGUUUCAUGUUAGUGGUGCUCCAGAUGAUUAUGAAGGGGAAUAUCCAGAGGAAGAUGCUCAGGUCAUAAGGCAAAAGAAAAGUAGGGCUGACCCUGUGAUUUUGAGAUGCCAGCCAUACAAAGUUCCUCUCACCGAACUUCUCUUGCCCCACAAGAUAUCACCUGUUGAGUAUUUCCGUCUGUGGCCCAGUUUACCUGCUAUAGUGGAGUGCACCGGUACAUACACAUAUGAAGGCAGUGGGUUUAAGGCCACAGCAGCCCAGCAGUAUGGGGAGUCUCCUUUCCUCAGUGGCCUCAAAUCCCUGUCUUCGAAACCUUUCCACAAAGUCUGCUCGCAUAUUAUCCGGACAGUUGCUGGAUUUCAGCUAUGCUAUGCUGCUAAGACUUGGUACGGGGGCUUUCUGGGGAUGAUGAUAUUCGGCGCUAGUGAGGUCAGCCGAAAUGUUGACCUUGGGGAUGAGACCACAACCAUGAUCUGCAAAUUCGUGGUUCGGGCUUCCGACCCAUCCAUCACCAAAGAGAUUGGGUCCGACUUACAAGGCUGGAUGGACGACCUCACGGAUGGCAGCAUCGAGUACAUGCCCGAGGAAGAGGUUAAGGAGGCUGCAGCCGAGAGGCUCCGAAUCUCAAUGGAGCGUAUAGCUUUGCUUAAGGCAGCUCGGCCACGUAAGAAGGUUCCGGAAUCUGAUGAGGAGGAAAAGGAAGAGGAAGAGGAAGAGGAAGGGAAGGAGAAGGAUGAUGAUGGGGAGAGUAAGGAAAACGAAGGAGAUGAUGGGAAGAGUAANUUCAAGUGGUUCCACCCGCGCAAACUCGUAUCCCGUCGACGGCGAGAGGAGAUGGAUGAGUUGGUGGCCGUGGUGGUGGACGCGAAUAGGCUGAGGAGGAGCGUCUUGGCCGACAUCGUGAGCGCCAUCACCGUGUACCGGGCGGUGUUGUUCUUGGAGGUGAUGGCGGAGACGUGA